AUGACAUCUACCACUUCUCAUCAUUCCCGCCGAGAUUCGCGUGUCUUUUGUCCUCUUGUGCUGUACCAUGAUAACCCAGCGAGUGAACCUAUUUCUUCUUCCGAGGAUUUUCAUCGGCAAACCUUGAUUGAUUAUCACCGAAAAAAGAUUGCCGAAAUGCUAGAGCAAAAUGCAAAAGCAUGGAUAGCCGCACGUCGCUCUGCAGAAAAGGGGGAUAUAUACAAUGAAGAUAGUGAUCAGCUGGAUGUGUCUCCUAGCACCAGCACCAGCUCAUCUUCAUCCUCAUCAUCCAGUUGGACAAGUAGCUCAUGCGAUGAGAGCAUUGCAACUACACCUCCACCUCUUUUACAAACCCAUAGCAGCAGUAGUAGCAGUAGCAGCAGUAGCAGCAGCACCAAAAUGUCGGCUCAUCAUCAUCAUCCUUUGGGUGUGAAUGAUCUCUUGUCACCUGAACAAACCUAUGUCCCACCACCACUUGCAUCCACAACAACACCGCCUGCUGAGACAAGACCAUCAUCAACAACAGCUGCUGCUGCUGCUGCUGAUAGCAACAAGGAUGCAUCAUCAACAACAACUCAAAAAAAGCGACGACGGGGUAACCUACCCAAAGAGGUGACUGAGUUUCUCAAAGGAUGGCUCGUUGACCACAAGAAACAUCCCUAUCCUUCUGAAAAGGAAAAGAUUCAGCUUGCGAAUCGCACUGGCCUUACCGUUAACCAGAUCAGCAACUGGUUCAUCAAUGCACGUCGACGUAUUUUGCAACCCAUGUUGGAAUCCGAAUCGAUAAAUGCGCAGCUGAUGGCAUAUUCGGAAAUGGCAAUGGAAAAGAAACGCCGUCAGCUGGACAUUUAUGCUUACCAAGGCUUUGCAGAUGCCUACAACCACGAUGAUAGUCGUAAAUGGGCCUUCCGACGUACCAAGUUACCUUCCUUUGAUUACGUCGAUCAUCCACCAACGCCUACAGAUUUGCAUCAUCCUCCAAUGCCUCACCACUACUCUUUUGCCAUGCGGUGA